AUGUUUAGUAUGGACAUUAACUGUUAUCCCCAUAGUUAUCAUGUUAAAAGUGGUGGUAUAAUCCAGGAAAGUAAAAUUCCAUCAAAUAAUAUUUUAAAAGCAAUUGAUUCUCCUGAAUAUUAUUUGGAUAAUUCACAAUUUUAUUUGUUAAAAGAAAAAAGAUAUCCUAAUGUUGAAUACAGAAAGAAUUAUCAGGAUAUAAUUAAUUUUAUGGAUUCAUUAAAAAGACCUCGUUUUGGUCGUUAA